UGGAGCAGGACAGCGCUUUUAGUGGGACUGACAGUCAGAGAGGACGUAACAGAAACUGAUAGCAUUAAUCAAAGUCUAUUCAGUCUGGAUCCUAAUGAGGAGUAUAAGAUGGACCACAAGAAGCGAGGAAUGGCUCUGAUCUUUAACCAUGAACAUUUUUACUGGCAGCUCAUGCUGAACAGCCGCUCUGGCACAGCUGCAGACAGGCAGAAUCUUGUCAGAAGAUUUCAAGAUCUGGGUUUUGAAGUGAAGGCUUAUGAUGAUUACAAACGGGAAGAAGUUUUAUCCACAAUCAGAGAAGCUGCUGCUGCUAACCAUGUAGAUGCAGACUGUUUUGUCUGUGUCUUUUUAAGUCAUGGGGAAAAUGGUCACAUCUUUGCCAAUGAUGGGCAGAUCCAAAUUCAAGAAAUCACUGAUUUGUUCAAGGGGAAUGAAUGCCGUAGCCUUGUAGGGAAACCCAAGAUCUUCAUCUUGCAGGCUUGUCGUGGUGACAAACAUGAUGAUGCUGUGACACCAAUGGAUGUGGUGGACAGUAAGGUCAAUGAAGUGGUUGUGGAUGCGGGGGCGCUCUGGACCCUUCCAGCAGGAGCAGAUUUCCUUAUGUGCUAUUCGGUAGCUGAAGGAUAUUACUCUCAUCGCGAGACGGUGAAUGGCUCGUGGUACAUCCAGGAUCUGUGUGAGAUCCUGAGGCGUUAUGGAUCUACACUGGAGUUCACUGACAUCCUGACACUUGUUAACAGGAAGGUUUCCAUUCGCAGUGUAGAAAACUGCAAGGAUCGCUCUGCUUUAGGCAAAAAACAAGUGCCUUGCUUUGCAUCCAUGCUUACUAAGAAGCUAUUUUUCAGGCCUAAGAAGUAAUAUUAGUGUUAGGGCCUUAUUGCAGGUAAAAAUUCAGGGAUUAUUAUUUUAUUUGACUUUAGGUUGUGCUCCUAAAUAUACAUCAUUUUCAAAAUGGAAAUCAUGCAGGUUUGCAUGUUUUAGCCUGGAGGUUUGACAAGCUCAGGGUUACAAAGUGCAAAUCGUUUAAUUUUUUUUAUUUUAAUUUUUUUUGUACCCAAUAAUGAUAGAUAUUAGGUUUCACUGUUAACACUAACAAUACAAAAAAAUGCUUUGAAUUACCUGCAGGCCAAGAUGAAGACAAUUGUUUUUUUAAUGCAGUGAAAACUGCUUAUAAAAAAAAUUGACAAAAGAAACCUUAAAAUUUAUAGAAUAUUUUUUUUAUAGAAAUGUAUAUUAAUCCUGCAUACUACAUUCAUGACCAUAGUCUGUCAUUGAUAGCACUAAAGCAUGUGACUUCAUCUCAUCUGUGAGACAUGUAUCAGUACCUCAAGGGCUGUUGAGAACUUGCUUUAGUUUGAAACGGGGAGAAACCAUACAAGAAACUCCAGUUAAACAGCUUUAAACUACUUAUCUACCAGCUUUGCAUACAAACUACAUGAAACUAUAUGGGAAAUUAUGGUUUUUGUUUAAAUAUUUUAUCGUACAUGUUGUGUCUGAAAUGUUGAAAAGCGUGACUUUUAGAGAUCCGGCCACAGAGAUAACACUACACUUUUACUUGUUUCUGACACAUCAAAUAUUUUGGUCACAGAGCAUGUCUUUUGACACUUGUCUUAUGGUGUUUAAUUUCAUCAGGUGGUACUUGUUUAGUUCAAACUAAAAGUAAAUAUAUAUGAUAAGAACUGAAUGUCUUUACACAUUCUUUUCUCAGCUCCGUUUUAAUGUUGUUGUAAGCCUCAUAAUAUGUAUCACAGUCUCUUUGAUAACGAUAUAGAUGUUCUUUUAGAAUGAGGUAUUCAUUUCCCAAGUAAUGUGACUGCUUUCUGUGCUGUUUGAACAUGGAUUAUUGAUUAUCUGCAACAUACUGGUUAAUUUACUUUUGCCUCUAUAUUCAAAUAACAUUCCUCUGCAUUUAAGGCUCUCUCUAUAUUUACUAUAUAGCAAAUCUAGGGUUAUAGUGUAGGUUUUCCCAAACUGUUAAACAGAGUUUUUUUUUUUUUAGAAAUUACAUAAAAUAUCAGAUGGUGCUUCAAGUAAAUAGUUGAUUAUUUGUAUUAAGAAUGCUAUGCAAAUAAAUCAGCAGUUAUAAUGUUAUUGUGAUUAACUUUUUGUUUUUGUUGUAAUUUUGUUUUGAAUUUUUGUAAUGCAA